AUGUCGCGGUUCGUAGAGGAUAACUCAACGACAAUUGUAUUUAUUUUAAUAACAAUUUUUGCUUUAUGUCAAAAUAUACUUUUUCGUGCUAUCGAUAUUGAAUUACCUGUUAUGGUUCAAGAAUUACCAGAAGGAUGGUCAUUACCUGCUAUUUUCAGUAUAGUAAGCGAUGCUAUUUCAAGUGGAUCAUUAGCAGGCCUUGCUUAUGCUCAAAAUUCACCUAAAUCUGAAUGUAUACCAAUUAUUCAAGGAAAUCAAACAAUAUUAAUUGAAAAAAAAUCUCCAUUAACAUUUUCUGUUGAAACUUAUUUUUUUAUUGUAUCCGUUAUGAUGUUAGGUUCACUUAUUUGUUUCCUUAUUUUAUCUAUAACAAAAAUUGGUCAAAAUAAAACCAAUGAAAAUGAUGAAAAUAAAUUAUUAAUUGAAGAAGCUAAUCAAGUUGAAGAAAUCGAAAAUAAAGAAAAUUCAAUGAAUAAAAGACAAUUUAAUCUUUCAAAUGAUAUCUCAUAUCUUUUUGCUAUGUUUUGGUGUUGUUUUACUACUUAUGGUUUUCUUCCUGGUUUACAAACAUAUGCAUUGUUGCCUUAUUCACCUGAUAUUUAUCAAAAAAUAAUUAUUGCUGUUGAAAUUGCCUAUGUAUUUGCUCAAAUUUUUUGUGCAAUCUUUUCUAAAUUAACAGUUGUAAAGUAUCCAAAAUUAGUUCAUAUAUUUAAUCUAAUUUCUACAAUCCUUAUUAUCUGGAUUUUUAUUAUUGCUAAAAUGUCUCCAUGUCCUCCUUUCAUCAAUAAUCCUUUAUUAGGAGGUACAAUAAGUGGUUUAUUAUACACAACAGUAUAUGGUUUAAGUCAUAUUAAUUAUAUUUUAUUAAAUAUCUAUUUUCAAGAAGAAUUUGGUAAAAUAGGACUCUUUUGGGGUUGUGUUGCAUUACAAAUUGGAAUGGCUUUUGGUGCUCUCAUUAUUUUUGUGUUAACUGUUUAUUUCAAUAUUUAUAAAGAAAGAUUUGCUUGUGUUGAUUAUCAAUGUUAG